UCGAGCAGCAGACACUGUCCGCAGGCAGGACUCUGUGUGUGUGUGUGUGCGCGCGCGCGUGUAAUUAGACUUUUGGGAGUCUUUCGGGAACAGGGAGGCGGCUGCAAAGGUCCAACGAGGUUGGGGGGAGUGACUCGGAAAGAGGGGGUGGCUGUGUUUGCGGUAAAAACAGCAAAUCACUGUAGCAGACCCCCUCUCUUACAGCUACUUGGUACCACGCACAUCCCUCGGUGUCUCCCUCUCUCUCUCUCUCUGGGUCCGGGCCCUGGGGUUGUAAGUCCGUCCUCCUCCUCCGGUGCAGUCCGGUUCGCUCCGCUCGUGUCGCUGCUCGCAAAGCACCGACUCUCCUCUGCAGCCAUGGCACAUAUCCUUCAGCUGUUUGCUGUCAUACUCUCAUCAGCUCUCGUGCAAGCAUCGGCCUUGCUCAACGACACGAUCUAUGCAGUGACUGUGAGUUCGCGUGUGGCUGCAGGGAAACAGGAGACCCUGUGUGCCCAAAUUCACGGCCUGACUGAGCCUGUGCGCAUGGUCAUCGGCCUCACUGAGGGCUCUGUCACAAUCUUAGAUGAGCAAGUAAAUGAGGACUUCUACCGCUGCCUAAACUUCCAGGUCCCUGUAGUACGCAGCCGAACUGUGGCAACAGUUUAUGUCAAUAUUUUCCAUGAAAAAAAUCUGACGAGCAAGCAUACCAAAGUCGUCAUCGAGCCUCCAGCUUUCAUCCACAUCGUCCGGACUGAUAAGCCCAUCUACAAACCUGGACAGACUGUCAAAUUCCGGAUCGUCUCCAUGGAUGCCAAUUUCAUCCCUGUGGAACGAGUGUAUAAAGAAGUGGCGCUCCAGGAUCCUAGCUCAAAUCGCAUUGCCCAGUGGCUGGAUAAAUCUGUUGUUGGCGGCAUCCUUGAUCUUUCACACCCCAUGAUUCCUGAGGCUGUACAAGGAAGCUACACCAUCACUGCCUUGACAGACAAGGGAGAACAAAUAUCCCACAGCUUUGACAUCAAAGAAUACGUUUUGCCAAAGUAUGAAGUGAAGGUUCAUCUGCCCAGUGUGAUUACCGUCCUGGAUCAGGAGGCAGCACUGAAGAUUUGUGGAAAAUACACGUAUGGGAAACCUGUUAUUGGUUCAGUGAAGGCACGGUUCUGCAGAAACGCCAUCCGUUUCUUCUGGUUUUCAUCUCCCCAAAACAAAGACCUCUGCAAGACCUACGAACUAACUACGGAUAAAAGUGGAUGUGCUACACAAACUGUGAACAUGACGGCGUUUUCUCUCCACAAGAACAUGUACAGUGACACGUUUGAGGUGACUGCUGAGAUGGAAGAGUAUGGCACAGGCGUCAUUCUUAAAGGCUACGGGCAGACCAGCUUCACCUGUGACAUCAGAACUGUCACCUUCGAGGAUGUACCUGAGGCAUACAAGCCUGGCAUCCCGUUUGAAGGAAAGAUCAAAGUCAUUGGUCCAGACAACAAGCCUGUUGCCAAUGAGCCAGUGUACUUGUUUGUUGGUAGCUCACUAAAACUAGCGCUCACCACAGACGUGAAUGGCGUGGCUUUGUUUUCUCUGGGCACGUCUCUUUGGAAGGACACUGUGCAUCUGAAGGCGAGUUCAAAAAAUACAACGGAGCAUGACCAUUAUGUUUAUGGUUUGAGGAGACCAAACUACAGGGCAAGCCACCACCAUGUCACAGCGUUUUACUCCAAGAGUAGUAGUUUUCUGAAGCUCAUGCAGGCCAGCAGUAAGCUCCCCUGUGACAGUGAAGCGACUGUGCGUGUCCAGUACAUCAUACAGGGAGAGGAGCUGGAGAAAGGGCAGGAGGUCCUCGACUUCUUUUAUCUGGUGCAGUCCAGAGGUUCAGUAGUGCAGCAUGGUCGUAUCCCAGUGGCUGUCAAAGUGGGAAUUGUCAACAAAGGAGAGAUGUCCGUGCCGCUCACUCGGAUGUCAGACCUGGCACCAUUUGCCCAGGUGGUAGUUUACACUUUGAUGCCCAGUGGAGAGGCUGUUGCUGACAGCCAUGACUUCCCUGUUCAGCUCUGCCUCAAUAACAAGGUGUCUCUGAAGUUCUCCUCCCUCCAGGAGCUUCCAGCAGAGAGGACCACCCUCAGUCUCAAGGCUCACCCUGGCUCCUUGUGCUCUGUUAGAGCUAUUGACCAGAGCGUCCUGCUGCUCCAGACUGAGCAGGAACUUACUGUCAGCUAUGUAUAUAGUCAGCUGCCUGUGGAGAAGCUGUCUGGGUACUCCUAUGAUGUUGAGGACUCAGAGCCAUAUCCCUGCUACCCCUUGCCAGUGCCAGAUAUGGUAAUAGAAGCAGAUUUGGAGACAACAGCAGCGCCAACAGCACUGCCAACAGCACCACCAACACCGGCCAUUGUGAGCGACAAUCUGGGAGCACGGCGAGAAACGCGCUCGAUCUACUAUGGACCAGGCAGACAGAAGAAUGACGUCUACAGCAUCUUUAAAGAAAUUGGACUCAAAAUUAUGACGAACUCUGAUGUGAAGAAACCUUACAACUGCGACGAACUGAGCUUCUAUUUCAGUGUAGAAGAUAGGCUGGACUCACCGAUCCCCUUGGCCUUCAACAUGAUGCCUGAUCCUGUAAUUACCCCGCAGAUGUCUAAAGUGGACAGCAAAAAGGAGACUAUCAGAACGUUCUUCCCUGAGACCUGGAUCUGGGACCUCGUUACUGUGGGAGAUAGUGGGUUGGUGAGCAUGGAGAAGACGACCCCUGACACCAUCACUAAAUGGGCAGCCGGAGCAUUCUGCGUAUCCUCUGUGGGCUUUGGUGUGGCUCCCAACACCGGACUUACUGUCUUCCAGCCGUUCUUUGUCAGUCUCACCUUGCCAUACUCUGUCAUCCGAGGAGAGGUGUUCACCCUCAAAGCCACCGUCUUCAAUUAUCUCUCAAAGUGCAUUAUGGUUCAGGUAACACUGGCUGCCUCUGACCAGCACACCUUCAGAAACUGUGAUGGCUGCAUUUACAGCGUGUGUCUUUGUGGAGAGGAGAGCAGGACCUUCUCAUGGAUUGUAACUCCGACUACCCUAGGUAAGGUAAAUCUGAAGGUCAGCGCUGAGGCCCUGAAGACCGAGGCGCUGUGUGGCAACGAGGUGGCCACAGUCCCCGACGUGGGUCGAACUGACACCGUGAUCCGCACCCUGCUGGUGGAGGCCGAAGGAACCCCACAGAUGGUCAGUCACAACGUUCACCUCUGUCCCCCAGAUGGGGUCACGGAGAAGAAUGUCUCUCUUCUUAUGCCCGAGCUGUUUGUGGCUGGUUCUGCUAGAGCGACCUUUUCUGUGCUUGGUGACCUGAUGGGCAGGGCAGCGCAGAACUUGGACAAGCUCCUGGCCAUGCCGUACGGUUGCGGGGAGCAGAACAUGCUCCUGUUUGCUCCCAACAUCUUCAUCCUUAACUACCUGAAAAGCACUGGUCAGCUGACUCAGAGCAUUCUGGACAAGGCCACGCACUUCCUGGAGAGCGGAUAUCAGAGGGAGCUCACGUACAAGCAUGACGAUGGUUCCUACAGUGCAUUUGGGAAGGCAGACUCCUCUGGAAACACCUGGCUGACCUCCUUCGUGAUGAAGUCCUUUGGUGGUGCACAGCCGUACAUCUACGUGAAGCCUGAGCACAUUACAGAAGCCUGGAGGUGGCUGUCUAAACACCAGCGGCCUGAUGGCUGCAUCAGAUCAGUUGGAAAGCUCUUUCACAAUGGCAUGAAGGGAGGAGUGAGUGACGACGUGUCCCUGACUGCCUACAUCACUGCUGCCAUGCUGGAGCUUGACGCCAAUGUUACAGACCCUGUGGUACACAACAGCCUGAACUGUCUGAAGGCUGCAGUGGCUGGCCAACUCGAUAACCUGUACACCACUGCCCUGCUGUCCUACACCUUCACUCUGGCUGGAGACGAGGAGAUGAGGAGCAAACUCAUCACCCUUCUUCAUGAGAAAUCGAACACACACGGAGGCACCCGUCACUGGAAGAGAGCAGGGGCUUCUGGGAAAGGCCUGGACUCUCUGGAGGUGGAGAUGACCUCCUACGUGCUGCUGGCUCUGCUGUCCGGUCCCUCCAUGCCAGGCUUUGAUUUGGAGUACUCUUCUGGCAUUGUGCGCUGGCUCACUCAGCAGCAGAACCCCUUUGGCGGUUUCUCUUCCACACAGGACACAGUAGUGGCCCUUCAAGCGCUGGCGAAGUAUGGUGCUGCCACCUACAGUUCAGAGGUGGGCACUACAGUGACACUGACCUCUUUAGGAGGCUUGAACAAAGAGUUCACCGUGAAUCAGGACAACAGGCUGCUGUACCAGGAGGAGAAGCUGAGCGAGGUCCCAGGAGAGUACACGAUCAGAGCCGAGGGACAGAACUGCGUACUGACACAGAUCUCCAUGUUUUACAACAUCCCCCCUCCUGCAGACUUCUCUGCCUUCAACAUCUCUGCUAACACCAUGGCUAAGUGUAACAUCAGCAGGCCGCAGCUCAUCCUUUUUGUGCAUGUCAGGUACCAGGGGAGAAGAGAGGAGACCAACAUGGUCAUCGUCAACAUCAAGCUCCUGUCUGGAUACGUCCUGGAUAAGAGCUCCCUCACACUGCUGCAGAAGGACCGCUCAGUGAAGCGCGUGGACGUGGAAGAAGGAUUCAUCAACAUCUACUUAGACGGGCUGAGGAAGGAUGACAUGCAGAUCUACAGUGUGACACUGGAAGAGGAUCAGCCUGUCAGGAACCUGAAACCAGCUGUGGUUAAAGUCUACGAUUACUACCAGACGAGUGAUGAGGCGGUCACUGACUACACGUCCUCCUGUGCAGAGAGUGACACCAUCAAUGAGCUGUAGAAGUGGUUUCCUGCAAACCUAUGCUGGGACAGUUGGAAGGUUCACUGUCAAACUGUUUGUUUUUUUUUUUUUCCCAUUGCUUCCAUUAAAAUACACAAAAAGCAACUUUUUAGCCGUGUAUUAAGAGUGACUCUAUUUCAUGUAUUUUUAGAUUGAAGUUUUGUUUUCUCAGU